CGCACAAUUUGCUUGUGAUACCGAGAGGAGAAUGAAUGGUCAUGUAAAGAAUAUGCAUUUUCAGCAGUUCAUGGAAACAGCAGCAACAUUACUGUCUCUCUUGCUGCUUAUGACUGUUGAUUCAACAAAAACUGUGGCAUUAAGCACGAAUCAGCAGUGUGGGGAUCUCCUGCAGCGGACUUUGAAGAUCACCAGAAUUGUACACAAGGAAUCUGGUGACCUAAUCAAGACAUAUAAAGCCGCUCAAGGGGAAAUGUCAGAGCUCUUCUGCAAGGUGUCGGUGAACGACAUCCCUGAUCCCAACAUCUCUGGGCUGGAUCCCCCAGCAAGGAUAGCAAGCAUCUACACGCAUCUCCAAGCUUUCCUCCCACAUUUUAAACGUGUAUACAAGCAGCAGACAGACUUACAAUCGCCUGGCAGCCCUCUCCUGAAAGAGCUCACCAGAGUCUGGGGUCGCACUGAGAGUCUGGCCAGUUUCAUGAACACAUUUUAUCAGAGCCUCUUCCCGAACCUGCCCAUACCUGAGCCGGCAGGGGGGCCGACAACACUACCACCAGCUCAGAACGUCUUCCAGCAGAAGGUGUACGGCUGCGUGGUCCUGAAGACCUACAAGGAUUUCAUGUCAAACGUUUCCAAAGAACUGAGGAAUCUAAAAAGCAAAGUGUGCACGAAGAGGACACCAAUCAAUGCAUUCUGAAGAUGACCAGAAGGUGGCCUUACACAGUCAGUUUCCUGAGAAAAACAAAUGUAAGUGUAAAAGUGGCUGGAGUGUCAAUGCAAGCUUAUUUAUGGUAUUUAAUAUUUAUUUUCUUUUGUGUUAAUUGUCAUGCUGUUAAGGAAAUGUUAUGUCCAUGCAAUAUGUAUUUAAUUUGCAAAAUGCCAUUGGGAAAAUCCUGUGUUGAUGAUGUAAACUUAU